UCCGCGUCCUUAUACGGAGGUCCCUCGCCUUUCUCCGGUGACUUGUAGGUUAAAUUAGUUUAUCUUUUUCGUCUCAAAGUUUCGUCAUUUUUUGCUGGGACAGCGCCCUGCGGAGCUCAGCAUGGGUACCGUCCAUGCCAGGAGCCUAGACCCUCUGCCCAUGCAUGGGCCAGAGUUAGGAGUUCAAGCUGACGACAUUGAUGCUCCGGAGAUGGACCAAGAGCCGAAACAAGAAGUUCUUGAAAAUAAAGAUGUUGUGGUUCAACGAGUGCAUAUAGACGGGCUCGGAAGAACCAAGGAGGACCUGCUGACUUAUGAAAUCUCAGAUGUUUUCCAGGCAAAGAACUUGAUUGAUGUUAUGCGAAAGUCCCAUGAAGCGCGACAGAAGCUUCUGCGUCUCGGGAUCUUCAGAAAAGUUGAAGUUGUUAUCGACACCUCACGAGGGGAGGAUGCUCUUCCUAAUGGCCUUGAUGUGACCUUUGAGGUCACAGAGUUGAGACGUAUGACAGGCAGCUACAACACAAUGGUUGGAAACAAUGAAGGCAGUAUGGUACUAGGCCUAAAAUUACCCAAUGUAUUGGGUCGGGCAGAAAAACUGACAUUCCAGUUCUCCUAUGGUACCAAGGAGACAUCAUACGGUCUGUCUUUCUUCAAACCCCAACCAGGAAACUUUGAACGCAAUAUCACUUUGAAUGUCUACAAAGUCACAGGUCAGUUUCCAUGGAGUUCACUGCGGGAGACGGAUCGAGGCAUAUCUGCAGAACUGAGCUUCCCUGUGUGGAAGACCAGCCAAACUCUGAAGUGGGAAGGAGUAUGGAGAGAGCUUGGCUGUCUGGCCCGCACUGCCUCUUUUCCUAUACGGGAGGAGAGCGGCCAUUCUCUGAAGUCCUCACUCUCGCAUGCUAUGGUGAUUGACACCAGAAACUCCUCCAUCCUUCCCAGGAAGGGUGGUCUGUUGAAGAUCCAUCAGGAACUUGCUGGUUACACUGGGGGAGAUGCCAGUUUCUUAAAGGAAGACUUUGAGAUCCAGCUCAACAAAACACUCUUCUGGGACUCAGUCCUUUCUGCCUCGUUAUGGGGUGGUUUGCUUCUACCCAUUGGUGAUAAGCCGACAAGUAUAGCAGACAGGUUCUAUCUUGGCGGCCCCACCAGUAUCAGGGGUUUCAGUAUGUACAGUAUGGGCCCACAGAGUGAAGGUAUGGCAGGUGACUACCUGGGGGGAGAAGCCUACUGGGCUGGAGGCCUUCACCUCUACACCCCUCUACCCUUCAGACCAGGCAUGGGAGGCUUUGGUGACCUCUUCCGAACCCACUUCUUCCUCAAUGCCGGGAACCUUUGUAACCUCAACUAUGGUGAGGGGCCACAAGCGCAUUUGAAGAAACUGGCUGAAUGUAUACGUUGGUCAUAUGGACUGGGCAUUGUGCUGCGCUUGGGGAACAUUGCCAGGCUUGAGCUGAAUUACUGCAUUCCCAUGGGAGUCCAAAGUGGAGACAGGAUAUGUGACGGGGUCCAGUUUGGAGCGGGAAUCAGAUUCUUAUGAAACUGCAUUUCUUUCCUGCCAGAUAAUUGCUUGUACAGAAUUGUUGCAACCAGUUUAGUUCAAUAAAACUAUUUGCACUGA